GGUCUCGUGCCAUCUAGAGGCAGGAUCCGGGCACUGCCCGAAAAAUUCCACUCCCGAGACCCAGCCCUGAAGGAGGAGGCGGCGGCGGCGGCGGAGCUGAGCGGAGCAGCCAGCAUUCGCCGGGCUGCUGCAGGAUGCGGGCUCCAUGGGACUGCUCUGGAUCCUCUCCUUCCUGCACUCCACCUUCUUCGGGGAUGAGGCCCUGGACGAGCUGAAGAUGUCUGGCUCCAUCGCAUCGUACGACCAGCUGGUGCGGCAGGUGGAGGCGCUGAAGAAGGAGAACACACAUCUGCGCCGGGAGCUGGAGGACAACUCCAACCACCUCUCCAAGCUGGAAAAUGAGACCUCGGACAUGAAGGAAGUCCUGAAGCACCUGCAGGGCAAGCUGGAGCAGGAGGCCCGUGUCAUGGUGUCCUCCGGACAGACGGACGUGCUGGAGCAGCUGAAAGCGCUGCAGAUGGACAUCACCAGCCUCUACAACCUGAAGUUCCAGCCGCCCGCCCUGGCGCCCGAGCCGGCCUGCCCGGGCCGCAGCCCCGAGGGCAGCCCCCUGCACGCCGCGCCGCUCCAGAAGAAGGACAGCAUGGGGGACCUGAGCCGGGCCACCAUCCGGCUGCUGGAGGAGCUGGACAGGGAGAGGUGCUUCCUGCUGAGCGAGAUCGAGAAGGAGGAGAAGGAGAAGCUGUGGUACUACACCCAGCUGCAGGGCCUCUCCAAGCGCCUGGACGAGCUCCCGCACGUCGAGACGUUCUCCAUGCAGAUGGACCUGAUCCGGCAGCAGCUGCAGUUCGAGGCGCAGCACAUCCGCGCGCUCAUGGAGGAGCGGUUCGGGACCACCGACGAGAUGGUGCAGCGGGCGCAGAUCCGAGCCUCCCGCCUGGAGCAGAUCGACAAGGAGCUGAUGGAGGCGCAGGGCAAGGUGCAGACGGAGCCGCAGCUGUGCGGGAAGCUGCAAGGCCUGGAGGGGGACGGCAGCCUGGAUGUCCCGACGCAUCCCGAGGACGGGGCGAGCCACGCGGGCAGCAGUAAGCAGGUGGAAGUGGUCUUCUGGCUCCUGUCCAUGCUGGCGACGCGGGACAAAGACGACAUGUCGCGCACGCUGCUGGCCAUGUCCAGCUCGCAGGAGAGCUGUCUGGCCAUGCGCAAGUCGGGCUGCCUCCCGCUGCUCCUCCAAAUCCUCCAUGACGCGGCGCGGGACCCGGGCGCGCCCCAGAGCCCCGGUGGGAGCGGGGGCAAGGAUGCCCGUAUGCGCGCCAACGCCGCCCUGCACAACAUCGUCUUCUCGCAGCCUGACGAGGGCCAGGCCAAGCGGGAGAUGCGGGUGCUGCAUGUGCUGGAGCAGAUCCGCUCCUACUCGGAGACCUGCUGGGACUGGCUGCAGAUGCAGAGCAAGGACGGGGGCAAGGACCCCGAGGGCAGCGCGGCCCCUGUGCCCAUCGAGCCGCAGAUCUGCCAGGCCACCUGCGCCGUCAUGAAGCUGUCCUUCGACGAGGAGUACCGGCGGGCCAUGAACGAGCUGGGUGGGCUGCAGGCCGUCGCCGAGCUGCUGCAGGUGGACUACGAGAUGCACAAGAUGACGAGUGACCCCCUCAACCUGGCGCUGCGGCGAUACGCGGGCAUGGCGCUCACCAACCUCACCUUCGGGGACGUGGUGAACAAGGCGACGCUGUGCUCCCGCCGGGGCUGCAUGCAGGCCAUCGUGGCCCAGCUGGCAUCGGAGAGCGAGGAGCUGCACCAGGUGGUGUCCAGCAUCCUGAGGAACCUCUCGUGGAGGGCCGACAUCAACAGCAAGAAGAUCCUCCGGGAGGUGGGCAGCGUGACCGGGCUCAUGCAGUGCGCCUUGCGUGCCACCAAGGAGUCCACGCUAAAGAGCGUGCUCAGCGCCCUGUGGAACCUGUCGGCCCACAGCACGGAGAACAAGGCAGCCAUCUGCUUGGUGGAGGGGGCGCUGGGCUUCCUCGUCAGCACCCUCACCUACAAGUGCCAGAGCAACUCGCUGGCCAUCAUCGAGAGCGGGGGCGGCAUCCUGCGCAACGUGUCCAGCCUCGUGGCCACGCGGGAGGACUACAGGCAAGUGCUGCGGGAUCACAACUGCCUGCAGACGCUGCUGCAGCACCUGAAGUCGCACAGCCUGACCAUCGUGAGCAACGCCUGCGGCACCCUCUGGAACCUGUCCGCCCGCAGCCCCAAGGACCAGGAGCUGCUGUGGGACCUGGGCGCCGUGAGCAUGCUGCGCAACCUCAUCCACUCCAAGCACAAGAUGAUCGCCAUGGGCAGCGCCGCCGCGCUGCGCAACCUGCUCACCCACCGGCCCCCCAAGUACAAGGACGCCACCGUCAUCUCCCCGGGCUCCUGCAUGCCCUCCCUCUACGUGCGCAAGCAGAAGGCGCUGGAGGCCGAGCUGGAUGCCAAGCACUUGGCCGAGACCUUCGACAGCAUGGAGAAGCAGAGCCUCAAGGGCCAGAGCGUGAAGAAGCCGCUGAGGCACAUGGAGAGCCUGGUGAAGGACUACGCCUCCGACUCCGGCUGCUUCGACGACGACGAGGUGCCCAACGUCUCCACCGGCGUGGACACGGGCAAUGCCUCCGUCCUCUCCAUGUUCCUCAACUCCUCCUUCCUCCAGGGACAGGCCCUGCCCCGGGCUGUCACCCAGAGGAGGGGUCCGGAGCCAGAGAAGGAUGACAGCGGCAAGCCGGCCGAGCCCAAGAAGCCCCCGGCGCCCGCCGACGACGUCUCGCUGGCUGCCGAGAAGCUGGCCAACAAGAUCUCCACCACGGUGGCCAAGAUCGACAAGCUGGUGGAGGACAUCUCCACCCUGCACACGUCCUCGGACGACAGCUUCAGCCUCAGCUCCGAGGACCACGGUCUGGACUGGCAGUACGGCUCCGACGAGGUGCACGAGGCCCGGGCCCAGUCCUGCUCCCCGUGCCGCCUCUCGGACGCCGGCGGCUUCGCCAAGCGCGAGAGCCUGAGCCGGGCGCGCACGCUGCUGCGGCUGAAGACGGCCUACACCAGCCUGUCCACCGACAGCCUCAACAGCGGCAGCACCAGCGACGGCUACUGCACCAAGGAGCACAUGAAGCCUUGCACCCGCGCCUCCUUCCUGGGCUACAAGGAGGAGCUGCAGCGGUACCAGAAGAGGCCCAGCCGCCUGGACCUGAAGAACAUCCUCUCCAGCCGGCCCGAGAAGAUGGAGCCGCCCGCCAUGAAGGCCAAGGAGCCGGCCGAGCCGGAGAAGCCGGAGACGAGAGACCUGCGCGAACGGGCCAAGAAAACCGUCUCCUUCCCCGGCCCGGGCAUCCAAGACAAGGAGCCCGAGGGCACGCAGGAGGCCGGGUCCCAGCUCAGUGCCGACCCGCAGGUCCACACCAUCAAGCUGUCCCCGUCCUACCAACAUGUGCCGCUCCUGGAGAGCCUGGCCAAGAGCGGCCCUGCCACGAGCAGCAGCGGGGGGCUCCCGGGGACCUCCUACCCCCCGACUCUCCCAGGCAGGAAGCAAGCCUGGCUGCCCCCUGGGCUUCUGCAGACCUCCGAGAGCCUGAGCAAGAUCCCGGAGAAGCUGGCAGCCCCGGCCCCGGCCCCGGCCGCGCAGGAGUCGGUGCAGAAGUACUCGGUGGAAGACACCCCCAUCUGCUUCUCCCGCUGCAGCUCCCUGUCGUCCCUCUCGUCCGCCGACAACGUGCUGGACGGGCAGAGCCACAGCGAGAACGAGAUCGACAGCGACUCCUCGCUGGAGAUCAUCGAGGUGGAUGAGGGCGCUGCGCCGGCCGAGGAGAGGCGGGAGAAGGAGGCGGCGGUGGAGCCGGCUACGCCCGUGGGCAUCUCCCAGCCCAUCGCCAUCCCCUUCCCGAAGCGGGACAAGGUCUUCCUGCGGGAGUCGUCCCCGUCCCGCCCGGAGGACCUCACCCCCUCCAGCUCCUCGGAGAACUACAUCCAGGAGACGCCGCUGGUGAUGAGCCGCUGCAGCUCCGUCAGCUCCCUGGGCAGCUUCGAAAGCCCGUCCAUCGCCAGCUCCAUCCAGAGCGACCCUUGCAGCGAGAUGAUCAGCGGGACCGUCAGCCCCAGCGAGCUGCCCGACAGCCCCGGCCAGACCAUGCCCCCCAGCCGCAGCAAGACGCCCCUCUUCGAACUGGGCGCGCCCCCCGAGAAGGAGCCCAGCCAGUUCAACAUCCAGUGGGAGAACAACGUCAAGAAGUUCAUGGACAUCACCGACUUCAAGGAGCGGUUCCAGCUGCCCCAGGACCUGGACUCCAUGGUCUACUUCACGGUGGAGAAACCCAACGAGAACUUCUCCUGCGCGUCCAGCCUCAGCGCCCUGCCCCUCCACGAGCACUACGUCCAGAAGGACGUGGAGCUGAAGCUCCUGCCCCCCUUCCCCGAGAAGAACGGCCUCAACUUCGUGGCGCACGAGAAGCGGGAAGACCGGCGGGAGGAGCGGCGCCGGCCGGAGCACACCUCCGACGACGACAUCGAGAUCCUCAAGGAGUGCAUCAACUCGGCCAUGCCCUCCCGCUUCCGCAAGGUCAAGACCUCCCUCGUCUCGGGCCUGCCCGCCCAGGCCAAGAAGGCCGUGCACGUCCCGGUGUACAUGCUGGUGCCCACCCACCCGGCCCUGGGCGCGCCCCGGCCGCUGCGCUCUGCCCCCCGCGAGCUCUUCAAGGACGACGACUCCUUCACUGACUCCGCCGAGGGCACCCCGGUUAACUUCUCCAGCGCCGCCUCGCUGAGCGACGAGACCCUGCGCUACCCCAUCAAGGAGGAGCCCGACCUCCCGCGUGGCCCGGGGAGGCGGCCGGAGAGGAAGGAGGCCGUGCCGCCGGUGCCGGGACGCAAGGCGAUGGAGCCGCCCCACGAGCCGGGGAGCUCGGGCGCACUCCUGGGCCAGAAGGCGCCUUCCAACCACUCCACGCCCACCAAGACGGGUGCGGGCUACAAGCCGAAGGCCGGCUCCAGCCGGGCCAGCCCCGUUCCCGCAGCCACUGAGGGGAGGAGGGGGCCAGCGCCCUUGAAGAACGGGCCCGGCCUGGAGCUCAACAUCGUCCGGCCCAGGAAGGAGCCCCAGGCCGACGGCACCCCGGGGAGCCUGGCUUUCCAGUCCCUGUGCCACACGACGCCCACCGAGGAGGCUGUCUACUGCUUCUACGAGAACGACUCCGACGGCCCGGUGCCGCGGGGGCCGGCUCCGAGGAAGGACCGCUGGGGCGGCGCGGCCCCCAGGAAGGAGCCGGAGCCGAGCGCCCGGCAGCUGCUUCAGGCCAAGACCAAGCUGGCAGCCAAGCUGCAGAACAACCUCAUCGUGGACGAGACGCCGCCGUGCUACUCCCUCAGCUCCUCGCUCAGCUCCCUGAGCGACGUGGACCUCUACGAGGAGCGCGCGCCGGCCCACGGCAAAGCCGGGCGGGCGCUGGCCCUCAGCCGGGCGCCGGAGAGAGACCGGGACAGCUCCCUCAGCUCCCUCAGCAUCAACUCGGACGACGACCUGCUGCAGAAGUGCAUCGGCUCGGCCAUGCCCAAGCGCCGGCGCCACUUGGCCCGGCGCAGGAACGCGGAGCGGAAGCAGAAGCUCAAAGGCGCCAACCCGCAGAGCGGCGCCGGCGGCAAGGAGUGGAAGCCGGAGCCGCAGCAGGACGAACCCACCUCAGACCGGGGCUCGGACCUGGACAGCGUGGAGUGGAAAGCCAUCCAGGAAGGCGCCAACUCCAUCGUCACCUGGCUGCACCAGGCGGCCGCCUCGCUGUCCCGGGAGCCAUCCUCGGAGUCCGACUCCAUCCUCUCCUUCGUGUCGGGGCUGUCGGUCGGCUCCACCCUGCAGCUCUCCUUGGACAGGCAGGACAAGCAGCGGGCGGCGAGCGGAGGGCGCCUGGAGGCAGAGAAGAGGGAGCAUGGCAGGGCCUCCCAGGCAGGCAGGAAGGCAGCCGACCCCCGGGCUGCCGCGGGCAGGAAAAGCCUGGGGCCGCAGAAGUCCAUGCCCAACCUGCCGGUGGUCUUCCGGGGCCGCACGGUCAUCUACAUGCCCAAGCCGGCCAAGGACGCGGCCAGCCCCCGUGCCACGCUGAAGAAAACCGGCGCCUCCAAGCCUGAAGCUCCCGGCAAGGCGCUGAGCCUGAGCCAGCAGCGGUCGCGGAGCCUGCACCGGCUGGGGAAGACCUCGGAGAUGCCGGAGCUGAGCUUGCCCAAGCGCAGCGCCACCCCUCCGGCCAGGAUCGGCAAGGCUCCCUCCUCCGGCUCGUCCCGCACCUCCACCCCGUCCCAGCCCUCCCAGAAGAAGCUGGGGUCGCCCUCCCAGCUCGCCAAGCAGCUGCCCUCUCCGGGGGGGAAAGCCGGCGGCAUGUCUCCGCCGGGCCCCCCCGCCAGAGCGCCGCCCCAGAAGCCCCCGGGCAGCAAGCAGCACAAGACCCAGAAGUCGCCCGUCCGCAUCCCCUUCAUGCAGAAGCCGGCCAGGAAGCCGCUGUCGGGCCGCAGCCCCAUGCCGGUGCUGGAGGAGCAGGCGGGCAGCGCCCCGCUGAAGGGCGGCAGCAAGGGAGUCCCGCCGGGCGGCCGGCUCAACCUGGUGCGGAUGUCGUCGGUGCGCUCCAGCGGCAGCGAGUCGGACCGCUCGGGCUUCCUGCGGCAGCUCACCUUCAUCAAGGAGUCGUCCAGCCUCGUCCUGCGGCACCGCACCGAGCUCUCGUCCUCCGAGUCCGUGUCCUCGUUGUCCCAGAGCGCCUCGCCCAAGAGGAGCCGGGCCGGGCUGCCGGCCGUCUUCCUCUGCUCCUCCAGGUGCGACGAGCUCAAGGCGGCCAAGCCGGCGGGGCCCAACCCACGCCCGGCCGUGCCCCGGACCCCGGCCAACGGCAAAGUGGCCCCUGGCACGAGGCCGCCGAGGAGAACCAGCUCCGAGAGCCCCUCCAGGCUGCCCGUGAAGGCCGGCGCCCGCCCGCCCGAGCCCUUCAAGCGCUACUCGUCGUCCCCCAACAUCAGCCUCAUCAAGAGGACCGCCAGCCCCUCCGCCGUCCCGUCCCCUUGCUCCGAGGCAUCGGCCCAGAGGAGGAGGAACGAAGAGGCCCCCGCGCUGCCUGCCAGGAGCCCGGCAGGGAGCCCAGGGCAGCCGGACAAGCAGAAGAUGAUGAUGAUGAAAGGCACCUGGCGAAGGAUCCGGGAUGAAGACAUCCCGCACAUUCUCAAAAGCACCCUCCCCUCCUCGGCCCUGCCGCUGGUCAACACCGUGGAGGCCGCCCCGGGCUCCCAGCCCCCCGCCCAGCGGAAAACCAGCGACGCCGUGGUGCAGACCGAGGACUUCUCCACCACCAAGACCAACUCCAGCACGUCCCCCACCCUCGAGACCCGGGAAAUGCCCAAGAGCUGCGACACGGAGGGGCUGGCUCCUGGCAAAGGCGCCGUGCCCAUCUCCUUCAGCCACGAGGCGUCAGCCGGCUCCGUCGGGCACUUCCCCUCCAGCAGGCACAGCUCCCCAAGCCGGGCCGCCCGGGUGACUCCCUUCAACUACAUCCCCAGCCCCAUGGUGGUGCCGACCAUGAGCAACAAAUCCGUGGAGAAAAUUCAGGCUUGAGCCGCCGCCAGAAAUGCAACCUCUGCCUUGUCUCUGGCUACGGGGGCAGCUCCGCAGAGCCCCCCGGGCUGUCGCACGUCCACGGGAACAACGCUCUUGCUCAUAAGCAAAAGGGGAAACCAAGAAGAAGCUGUUUCAAUGCUCAACUAACAAAGGAGGAACUUUUGCAUUGCUGUGACUGUUGGCCGGGACAGUUGGGUCCGUUUUGUUUUGGGGGAGAAGACGCACGAGAUCCUUGGAGCACAGCAAGGGGCCGUUCGCAGUGCAGGAGCCUCCACGCGCUCUCCCUCUUUUGUGACCCUCCAGCGUCGGGGUGGUGCAGGGAUGGACCUGCUGAGGCCUGACCCCUCCGCGCUCCGGACAGCUCUGCUGCUGGCUGCUUCCCCGCGGGGUUGGCCCUGCUGAAGGCUUGUCCAGCAAGGCUGGAGCCGCUUGCAUUGCUGGACCCUGGGUGCUGGGAUGGCCUCUCCCAUGCUCAGCCGAGCUCCCGUUGUCCAUGAACUCGGAAGCAGCCAUCAGCCAACGUCCGCUGGCUGCGUCCCGGGCUCUGCAAUGCCGCGGGGGCUGUCUCCACCCUUUCACUGAAGCACAUUGGGAUUUCCUGCCCGGGGAGGCAACUGAGGGGCUUCCCCGAUUCCCCUCACUCGCCCCCGAGGUCUCCCGGGAGGUGGAGAUGUUCAGAAGGCCCCGGGUCCGCGGCUCUUUCGAUGGGAACCGGACCAGAACGCUUCAAGCAAAAGCCUUAAUCUUUAGGUCUCAGCUGCAUGCUUUCGCUCACCUAUCGGCACUACUACCCAAGUCUAUAAAUAAUCUCAGCUCAGUUAUAAAGACGCCUUUGGAAACUCCCCUCUGGACCAAAGUAGAGAGGCCGUGAGAGAGAGAGAGCAGAGGAGAGAGGGGUGGGGGGGACGGACGCCCCACUUGGGGAGGCAGAAGGACUCGUGGGAUCUGCCGUGUGCACCGCCAGGCCCCUAAUUAUGGUGACGGGCUAAUCCGUUAAUGACUAGCUUCGUUUGCGCUGGGCGGCAUUGGCGCUGGGGGGGAGCAGAGCAGUGCUUCAUUAUCGCUGGGGGGAAGAUGACUGUUACGGAGCUGCACACGGGAGGGGGGGACCUGGGGAAAUGAGAGAAGAGGAGGGAGAGAGACCAGGCCAGGGGAGGGGAGGAGGGCGGCUGAUUCUGGGGUGCACCCGGCACUGGCCAGGGGUACCUCGCUGGGGUAUCUCCCCCACCCUGGUCCUCCCCACGGGCAGAGGGGUGCUGGCUUGCCUGGGAAGCUUCAGGCCCCUGUGGGACAAUUCCCCCUUCGAGUGCUGAUGCCGAUUCUCCCGCGGAUCUGGCACCAGCAUCAGGCCAGUCGCCAAAGAGCUGCUGCCCCGUUCGCCCCCUGCCCGGGGGACGCGGCCCCCGCUCUCCCCUCCCCUCUGAAGCCAACAAGUCCCUUGCACGGAGCAGCCUCUGGGCCCUUGCACGCGUGCCCCUCCCGGGAGGACGAGGACUAAGGACUGGGAGAGGCUCAGCGGCACCGCAGGCAGCUCGGCCGGGCAGCCAGCUCCCGGGAGCCGCGAGCGCUUGUCACUCCCAGGUCAGGCAGAAGGCACCUUAUAGACUAACUAAAGCAGAGGUGGGCUUGAAGGUGCCCGGCUGUAGAGGGAACCCUCUCCAAAGUGAUUUAGGCGACUGCCUGGGGUGGCAACGAGUGGGAGGAAGGCAGACGGGGAAGGCUCUUCUGGAGCAGUCCUCCCAAGCACCCAGCUCCAGGCCCUUGGAAAUGCCAUGUUUGCACCUCGCUUCGGCCCCUAAAUCUCCUAAACCAAGAGGGGGUUCAGGCUCAUACAGCUCAGUCUUGCUCGGGGGCCUCAGGCCCCUGCAUUGGCCAGGGUUUGGGGUGAAACCUUCCUUUAUUUAUGACAAACAGGCUUUUCUUUCUCUCUGAAGCUUUCCAAGGUUUUUCCCUCUUCCCCCACUUCAAUUUUGGGUCUCAGUUGAAACGCCGGUGCUGGCCGGGGGGAGGCAUCCACGCCAGAGCGGAGCAACGCCGGGAGCAUUUUUUCUGGCUCGUUCCUGUUGCUGGUUUCUUUUCCCCUGGCAAAUCCCAAGCCCCCGGAGCUCAGCAGCCUCCCGGCAAGAGGCAAAGGGGCCUCGAGGGACUCAGGUGUGGCACAAGUCGCUGCGGCAGCUGGCAGUGCCCUGGCCCAGGUGCUUCCCCUCGUCCCCUGGUGCUGACGGGGUCCCAGCCCCAGGCUCUUGAUUUGGGGACACGAGUCCACUGAGAACUGGGCUCCCCCACCCGGUGCUCACCACCCAGACCCCACCAGCCACUGGAGGUCUGCGUGAGCCGGGGUCCUGAGCGGCUGUAUCCAGGUGACCCCCUUCGCCCCAGGCCGGCCGUGCCAUCUCCCCGCCGUCAGCGGGGUGUUCCCUACCUCUGUUGCGGAUGCAGUGAUCCCUUAGGUGCGGGAUAUGGGCGCCUGCCCCGGGGGGCUCGGCAGCACCCGGAUCCAGUGGGGUCUGGACCCCCAGCCCUGGGAUUUUUAGUCCGGACCCUGGUGCAGGGGUGCAGAGGGGAGCAGCAAGGACAGGGCAUUACCUGGCGUAGCAAUGGGUGCAGCAGCAGGGCAGGGCUCCGUGAGCGACCCGAUUCUGGCCUGCCCAUGGACCCAAUCCUGGACAGGCCACGGUUGGAUCUUGUUCCAGAUCGGCUGGGCCAAGUGAUUGAGGCACCACCCACUCACUUCCCCACAUGGGCUCCUCUCUCUCUCUCUCUCAAUCCCCCCCACCUUCACUGCCCCUCCGUCCAAGCUGGCGCUGCCGUUCUUUUUAGCUGCACCGAGGACACGCGGCGCCGUGCCACGAGCUGCUGCCAGCCUCAGCCGCCUGUCCCAGCCUCGCCGGGCGGCCGACCUCAGCCCUAUCACACCGCAGCCUUGAUCCCGGCAUCGCCCCGGGGCCUCCACCAGCUCGGCUCCCCUCUGCCGGGCAGGGGUGGCACGGAGGAGCACGCCAUCCCAGCCUCGUGGGCUCGGCCACGGCUGCACGCUGGGAGCUCACGCGUGCAGCGGGGUCGAUGCUGUUGCAGCUGCAAGAUCUGAACUGGAGAAGAUCCAGGUUUCAAGGGCCUGAUGAGGACGGUGCAGCGAUACGGGCAUGACCACACCACGAGCGGGCACCGGAGCCCCACGCGCCAUCCCACGAAUUCAGGGUACAACCCGCUGUAGCAACAGGGGAAGACUGCAUUACCUCACCUUUUUUUUUUCCUGUAGCCACAGGUUUAAGAGCCUCCCCAACUGCCCCGGCCCUUGCCAUGGCCACGCUUCUUCUUAGCCUAGACCCUCCUUCUCCGUGUGCCCGUUGGCUUCUGUCCUCUUCUGUUGAGAAACGUGCUGGGUUUUGAGGUGUCCUGGGUUUUUUUUGCUACUGGUUUCCCCUCGCCCCUGCCCUCCGCUGUAUGUAUGUACUAAGGAUGUUAUUUUACUGGGACUCUGGACAGUAUUAAAAUUAAAAGUAAAGCGGUGUAAAUAGGAA